CAUUGAGCUUACCUGCAGAUAUAGAUCCACAGUAAGAAAGAAGCCUGCUACUGCCAGACCAAGUGCACCUGGGUUUGCUGACAGAGCCCUCCAAAACCAGCUUUCAGAUCCAUCUUUUCUCCAAGGCACCUCAAAACGAGCGAGAGGAGAAGACAAAUAAUAGGAUAUCUGCUUCAAAGAAAGGAGAUGGACAACAUGUCUCCCAGGCUGAGAGCCUUCCUCUCUGAACCCAUUGGGGAAAAGGAUGUGGCCUGGGUGGACGGCAUCAGCCGUGAGCUUGCCAUCAAUUUGGUCACCAAAGGCUUCAACAAGGCCUAUGUCCUGCUGGGACAGUUUCUUUUGAUGCACAAGAAUGAAGCAGAGUUCCAGAGGUGGAUCAUCUGCUGCUGUGGUGCUACCGAGUGUGAGGCCCGCCAGAGCUCCACCUGCCUGAAGGAGUGGUGUGCCUGUUUCCUGUAGACACCCUGGUCCUGCGGUGCUAACCCAGAUAAAGGGUUCCCAUGCUACUACACACAACCUCC